CAUGGGUGAAUUAUGUAGAGAGGAUGUAGUGGUCACUACAACAUCGAUAUUCAUGCUUUUGUUUUUGUUGCUUUUUGGGACAAAAAGAUUAUGAAGGCUCAAACUUGAAUGGCAGCAAUGGGAAGAAACCAAAACCGGAUAAGAGUGAGGAGCUCCAGGGCAUGUGAGGACAUACAGUAGCUUCCUUUUUCUAUUUUUUUUUUUUUUAGUCUCUGGUAAAGUGUCUGGUUCUGGGCAUAGAGCCCUUUGAGCCACUCCUUUUGUGUGUGUGUGUGCGCAUGUGCUUUUGUGCAUGUAAUCUGAAUGUUGAGUGCAGUGAGACGCUCUACUCUCAGUUCCUUUAGAAACUAGUUUUAGGGGCCUCUCUACUAGUUAUGGCUCACCGUCUGUUUGAAGGCAAAGAACAUGCUGCCUCAUAUUGGAAGUAUAGGAUUUCUCCUUCAGAUCACCUGAUUCAACAUGUGAUAAAUUUUGUGCAAAAACAGAGAACUGGGCCCUUAUCAGUGGCUUUGGAUGUUGGAUGUGGCUCGGGUCAAGGCACGGUGCUGCUAGCCAAGCACUUUGAGUCUGUGGUGGGCACUGAUGUGAGCCCUGCCCAGCUGGAGGUGGCGCUGCAGCAUGCUAAAAAGCCAAACGUCACAUAUAGACAGUGCAUGGCGGAGGAGCUGCCAUUCGCUGACAGCUCAAUGGACCUGAUAACAGCCAUGUCGGCCUUCCACUGGUUUGACAGACCUCGCUUUCUUCAGGAGGUCUACAGGGUCCUGAAGCCUCGUGGCUGUGUGGCGCUUCUCAAUUACACCAUGGACAUGGAACUGGAAUAUCCGGACUGCUCCCUGGACUCGCUCAACCAAGUGUGCAAAGAGUUUUAUGCAGCUUUAAUUCCUUACCGCAAUCCAUGCCUUGGUCCAAGGUCUAUUGAUUUGUACCGGGAAGCCUACAAUUCUAUCCCUUAUACCAAGAAAGAGUGGAAUGAGGGUGUGUGGGUGAAGCGGCCCAUGCCCCUGAGCAGCUACAUGGGCAUGGUGGAAUCAUUCUCCAGCUAUCAGGCCAUGCUGAGGGAAGACCCUCAGAAGGCCGCCAAGCUCUCGCAGGACAUAUGUGAAAGGUUGAUGUCUAUCAUGAAGGUGACCUCUGCAGAGACAGAAGUAGUGAUGGGGGUCAAGUAUUUUUACGUACUAGCGUGCAAAAAUGGCCCAGAUGACGUGUAGAAAAAGAAAACUAUUCAUAACACGAACAUGUUUCAGUUUUUGGAAGUUUGUAAAUUUCAGCAAAUAAAUACAGUAUACACAGUAUUACUGACUAUAUACAGUAAUAAAUCUACUAAAUCGUGUGUCUUAUUUUAAAUGAAUGCGUGGACAUCUCCAUUUUUUUAUACUAAGCCCCCCCCCCCUCAGGGAGGGUGCAGAGCGAUGGCAGGGGUGGCGCACGUGAUCUCGGGGAACAUACUUUUUUGCGGUACAAGAAUAAAGUGUAAUUGCCAUCCACUCAGUGGGUGGCAGUGGCCCUCUCAUUUUCAGAGUGUGCGCAGUGUUUUUGAAUCAAACAAGAGCACACAGCAAAGAGUACUGGAGAAAUGAAGCGCUAAGACAAGGAAAUAUGAUGAAGAGUAUGUACCAUUUGGCUUUUGACUUUGAUUUUUAAUACAGUGGGAGAAAGAUGCUUUGUCAGUGUUACAUCAGUAAACCAGCGAGCACUGUUAGUAUAAUAUUAGCCGGCAUAACAAGUUGCUCAGUGCAAAAUAACCCCACACCAUAGCAAAGGAGCUGAUACUGCCUGCAGCAAAAAUAA